AUGGCCGCCACUCGACCAUUCUUCAGAGCAUUAGUUGCCAGCCCCCGUUGUUCUCGCCCACUAGGGGUCAGAGCCAGCAUACUGCCGCUCUCCCAACAACGCUUCCAGAGCUUACUGUCGCAAGAUACCAUCAACAAAGUCGACGCCAAGUCCGCCGACAUCUCGUCCGCCAAUGCGGGCACCGUCUCAGAAGCCAUCAAACACGACCAUGCCGAACUGAAGGAAUACUACAACAACAUUCUCAAUGCCACGGACACGGAGUCAAAGAUCCGUUGGCAGAAUCAAUUCACUUGGGAAUUAGCUCGUCAUUCCAUUGGAGAGGAGCUCGUCGUCUAUCCAGCCAUGGAGGAGCACCUGGGCGACGAGGGAAAGCAACUGGCCCAGAAGGACCGAGACGGCCACAACAAGGUCAAACAACUGCUGUACAAAUUUCAGGGCUUGGCUCCCUCCAGCAAGGACUUCGAACCAACAAUCAAGUCUCUCUGGGAGGUUCUCACCAAACACAUCGAGGAAGAAGAGAGCGACGACCUUCCGAAGCUCGAAAAAGCGAUCCCGGAUGGUAAUUCGUCACAGAUGGCGAAAAGUUUCGAGCGGACCAAGAUGUUUGUGCCGACGCGCAGUCAUCCUUCGGCUCCGGACAAGCCUCCCUUUGAGACGGUCGCUGGACUGAUGGCUGCACCGUUGGACAAGCUGAGCGAUAUUUUCCGACGAUUUCCGCAGUGA